CACUUACUUCUAGCAACAUCUGAGAGUCAAAGGAGGAAAUCAGCUAGCUGGUCCCAUGGCGUGGCGUACAUCUGCUUCUCCUUGAUGCUAAGACCUGACAGAGCUUUAUGAAGUCCAGGCUUUGCAGGCUCCCAGAAUUUUAAGCCAUUAGACCCCACAUGGAAUCAUGUCCAGGUGCUGCAUCCUUGGUGGAGAGAAAAUUCCAUGUUCUUGUGGGUGUCACCGGAAGUGUUGCUGCUCUGAAGUUGCCUUUUCUGGUGUCAAAGCUUUUGGACAUUCCUGGGCUGGAAGUCACAGUGGUCACAACUGAAAGAGCCAAACAUUUCUACAACCCCCAGGAUAUUCCUGUCACCCUCUACAGUGACUCUGAUGAAUGGGAGAUGUGGAAGCACCGCUCUGACCCAGUUCUCCACAUUGACCUGCGGAGGUGGGCUGACCUGAUGCUAGUGGCUCCUCUCGAUGCCAACACCCUGGGGAAGGUGGCCAGUGGCAUCUGUGACAAUUUGCUUACRUGUGUCAUCCGGGCCUGGGACCGCAGCAAACCCCUGCUCUUCUGUCCUGCCAUGAAUACCGUCAUGUGGGAACACCCCCUUACUGCACAGCAGGUGGACCAACUCAAGGCCUUUGGCUAUGUGGAGAUCCCCUGUGUGGACAAGAAGCUGGUGUGUGGAGAUCAAGGUCUGGGCGCUAUGGCUGAGGUGGAGACCAUUGUGGAUAAAGUGAAAGAAGUCCUCUCCCAGCACAGUGGCGUCCAGCAGAGUUGAACUGAUUUCUGUUAUGGGUGUACCUCUGCACUCAGUGUGUUUUCAGGCCAAGAUGGUGAAGAAGGGCAUCAUCAAAAUAUGGUGAAGAUGUGCCUGGGGCUGUGGGUCAGUGACAGAGCGCUUACCUUGCAAGCGCUGGGUUUAAUUCUCAGCACCAUAUAAAAACAAACAAAUAAAUAAAAGUCCAUCAAUAACUAAUAMAAAUUUUAAAAAAUAUAUGGUGAAGUGCUGCCCCCAACCUGCGUKKACAGCUGAACUUAAGGUCGCUCGUAUGAUUUUCCAGGGACACCAAAUAAAACACAGACACACUUUACCUUUAAACAA